GAGGAUGAAAGCUGUAUAUUGGUGAUGAAUCAAGCUGUUAUUGGAAAACACAUUCAGUCUCACCAUUUUUCAAACACCAUUUUGGGACCUGAAGUGAGUUGGAUUCUUGCCAUCUUGCCAAGCAAGUAAAAUAAUAUCACCAAACAUAUCUUUGUUUAGACUGACACUGUAAUAUUGUUAUUAAACUCACUAGGCGGUAUCUGGGUAGAAUACUUUGGAAGUUAUGGAUUAUUAGCUGCUUUGUAGUUAUUUGGGAUUUCAAAGGAGAAUAAUAGAAAUCUAGCUACCUGACAGAUUCAAAAGCAGGCACAAAAAGACAAAUUAUUUGUAAAAAAAAAAAAAAAAAACAAAAGAACACCCAAACCAUGUCCCCAAAUUUCAGGUCUAAAUCUUGAAUUAACCCGUUUUAGUUGGAGACAUGGUCACAGUCUUUCAGCUUCCACACAAUUCUAGGCUUUCGUUGACCUCGCAGCCUCAGGCAUGAGCAGACAUGCCUGCAUUCAGUGUGGCUGACAGUGGGCCUAGAGCUGCUGGCCUGUGAAUCCAGUUAGGGGAACACGAUGAAGGAGACAUAUUGGGAAGGAAAGGGCAGGGAUCAGAGAUCAGUAGGGAUCAACCAACGUGGAGGUAGGCAGACCUCCAGUGGAGGCAAGAGGCUUCAUCUCCUAUUGAAAAGAUGACACUCUUCUCCAUUUUGUUUCUAAUAUGGUGUAAAUCUAAAGUGACACCCAACAUUAGACCUCCAGUCUCCACCUUUCCCUAUCAGGGGACUAAUUUUAAUGCAGUGUACACAUCCCUUUCCUGGCUGCUUUUCCCUCCAGCCUUCCGCAUGAACUCAGGAUCCCCAUCCCCCCCGCCCUACCUCCUUCCCCUCCCCAAAUCCCAGACCCAAGAGGGCCGAGAACGACCAGACACAGACCACCGGGACCAGGACCUGCACAACCAAGGAGACCUGAGGGCCCUGGAAUUCUCUGCAUGUCACCGACAUUCCCUCAGCAAGGCUCCCACCUCAUCACCGUUCUCCAAAUCAUGACCUCGCUCAUCAGUAGCGCUAACCUCCAGCUGGCUGGCUUUGCUUUCGCCACAGUUGGCUGGAUCUUUUCUGCACUGACCAUGGGGCUGGUGCAGUGGAGAGUGUGGCAUAUAAGCAAUACCACCAUCAUCUCUUCUGGCAUUGCCUGGGUGGGCAUCUGGAAAGUCUGCUUUUAUAGCCACAGCAAAUUCUCUAGUAAUGGAAGAGGGGAAUUCUGCCAUUACUUCCGGCCUGGCGACGGCUUUCUCCCCUUGGAAAUUCCAGUCGCUCAGGCCCUGCUCAUCUUUGCUGGAGUCCUUGGAGCUGUGGGGAAAGUUUCCACUAUCGUGGCCUUGAAAAGUAUCUACAUGGGAGUUCUUCGUAAAUCUCACAUCUUAUGUUACUUUCUAGUAGGAGGUAUCUCCUACCUGAUCGCUGGCACUUGUGUCUUAAUUGCUGUCAGCUGGAAUUUAUAUUCCACAGUACAAGACCAUAGCAUCUCCUUUCCUCCUUCUUUCUACCUGCCCUCCAAGCCUGAUACCCAGGGAAUGGGGGCUGCUAUUCUUGUGGGGUUUUUUUCUGCUGGCCUUUUGGUGGUCAGUGGGGCUUUUCUGGUCUCGUACAAAUUCCCAGUGAUAGACUAACCUGUCCUGUAAUCACAGAGUGAGUUGGCCACCCAAUCGCCAAGCAUUUUCUCCAUCUGUGGAGGAGCACAGUGACACAGACUUUUUCUCUUUCCUGUCUGCCCUCUGGACCCUAUUCCCACGGGAAAUGACUUAUGGGAUUUACAGUAGGUGGAUAUCUCAGAGGUACCUGGCUGUUGCAUUUGAAUAUUUAGGAAAAAGACCUGGAAUGCCAAAUACUUCAAAGGACUCGUGACCUAAAUAAAAGUGCCUUUUAGCCCAG